AUGGGAGAUUUGGAGGUUAUGAAAACAAGAUUUAACCAAGAAAUUUAUAAAAUUAAAAUGAAGAAAGGGAAAAAUCACCAGUUGUUUUCGCGAGAUGAGUAUUUUUCGUUUCUGACCAAAGUGAAAGUAUCUAAGAAUAAGAUUUCUCACAAGUCACCCGAAGAUUAUCAGAAAUUAUCAAGGUAUGAUACGGUAGAGAUGGGAAAUGUACAAAAACUUAUAGUACCGGUGAAAAAUGAAAAGGAUCAAAUAAUUUACUACACCUAUUUAGAAGAAAUUUUUGAUAUUAUUCACGAAACACAUAUUUCUACCGGUCACGGAGGGCGAAAUCGAAUGAUGAAAGAACUGAAAAGCAAGUACAACAAUAUCACUAUAGAAAUAGUCGUCGUUUAUUUAAAUAUGUGUGAACCGUGUCAAAAAAAAAUGAGUAUCAAAAAAAAAGGGUUUGUUGUUAAGCCCAUUAAAAGCAACGAAUUUAAUUCGAGAUGCCAAGUUGACCUCAUCGACAUGCAAUCUCAAGCAGAUGGCGAGUUUAAGUUCAUUAUGGUAUAUCAAGACCACCUGACAAAAUUUUUACAGCUUAGAGCACUAAAAACCAAGCGCGCCGAAGAAGUUGCUUACCACUUGUUAGAUGUGUUCACAAUAUUUGGAGCUCCUUGUAUAUUACAUACUGAUGAUAAUGGGCGAGAAUUCGCAAAUAAGGUAAUUGAAGAGUUGUGUCACAUGUGGAAUGAACCAAAAAUUGUGCACGGAAAGCCGCGGCACAGUCAAUCACAAGGUUCUAUUGAAAGAGCUAACCAGGAUAUUGAGAAGAUGUUAUCUACAUGGUUGGAGACAAACAAAACUACAAAAUGGUCGGAAGGAUUAAAAUUUAUACAGUUCAAGAAGAACAGAGCCCACCACUCCGGAAUAAAUCAAAGUCCUUAUGAAGCUAUAUUUGGUUGUAAAGCUAAAGUGGGUUUGAAAACAUUCUUGCCAGCUUUUGAUACAUUGUCAAAAAUAACACGUGAAGAAGAUCUUGAGUCAAUUUUAAAACAGCAAUAUGAUAAUCAUCCUGAACAUCAAAGUGAAGAUGUUGCUGCUGACUCAGAGCAAUGUCUCACAAUCUGCUGA